GACAUUUGUACCAGCUGUCAAAUAGCUCGCUGAGAAAAUUUUUUUAAGAAACUGCAUAAUUAAACGCAAAUAUUUAUUAAAAUGUCUGCGCUAUUUCGUUUAACUAAUCGCUCAAUUUUGCAGCGUAGCAUUGCCAUAAAUAACGCGUUUCGAACGAUCAAAACCUCACAAAAAAAGGAAGACACAGUAACAACCAUUGUGCCAACAACAAAAGAGGAUUUUGCAAAACCCGAUCCAAGAAACUGGGUAAGCUACGGAUUUGAUGCUAAAGACCAAACCGAAGAUCGAAAUGUGACGAAAGCAAGUUUCUUCUUCUCUGUGACACUUUGUCUUGUGUGGGGAACAUUCGUUUGGUCAUAUUUGCCUGAUACACAAAUGAGAGACUGGGCGCAACGUGAGGGCUAUUUGGAACUUAGACGUCGCGAAGAGGCAGGUUUGGAUUUGGUGAAUCCAAAUUACAUUGAUCCCAGCGUUAUAAACCUACCAACAGACGAAGAACUAGGAGAUACCGAAAUCAUAAUUUAAUUUAGUUCAAUUGCAAUACGAACAUUUUUAAAGUAACAUUGUUAUGUAAUAAAAUAUAAGCGAAAUAUUCGCUAAAUAAAAUUGU